UGAAAGCACAAUGGCAACAUCAGCACUUGUUUCUUUGAUUUCCAAAAAGAUCAUCAAACCCUCUAUUCAAACUCCUCUUCCUCUUAGAUCUCACAAACUUUCUUUCCUUGAUCAAGUUUUUGAUAUGUCCAUUCCUUUUGCAUUUUUCUACCCGAAAACGGGCUCUGAACCAAGCCAUGUGUCUCAACGACUCGAGAACUCACUUUCCAAGACACUUUCGUACUAUUAUCCUUACGCAGGAAAGACAAAGGAUGAUUGUAUUGUUGAUUGUAAUGAUGUGGGAGUUGAGGUAUCCAACGUUCGUGUCCAUUGUCCAAUGUCUGAAAUUCUUAAACACCCUUACGUCAAUGUUGAAAAUGUAGCUUUUCCACAACAACUACCUUGGAACCACCCGAAUAAAGGAAACCUAGCGGUAGCUCAAGUUAGCUAUUUCGAUUGUGGUGGAAUAGCAGUUGGUGGAUGCUUAUCACACAAGAUUGGGGAUGCGUGUACUAUUAGCAAUUUCUUCUAUAAUUGGGGGAUUUUGAGUCGUGAUAUAAGUGUUACAUCAUCUCCUCAUUUUGUAGGGGAAUCCAUUUACCCCCAAUCUAAUGAUCCUUGUGUUGUUUCAACUAUCAAGCCUGAAGAACCUAUAGGAUAUGUAGGGAAAAGGUUUGUUUUUCCCGCGGAUAAAGUGAAUGCUUUUAAAUCGAAAUUCUCUUUCGAAUCAGGAGUUGAGAAUCUAACUCCUACUGAAAUAGUGAGCUCAGUAAUUUACAGAUGUGCUGUAGCUGCAAGAACAAUGAAUAUCGGUUCGUUUAAACCAUCUUCUUUGUUUCAAGUUUCAUAUAUGCGCGAAAGGCACAACCCACCUCUAUCACAAGAUGCAUCGGGUAAUAUUGUAUCUGGAUUCUUUGUGGAAACAACUAAUGAAAAGGAUGUAAAUUGUCCAAGACUAGUAAGACAAUUGAGGAAUGAGAAAGAAAAACUUGAUCAGGACAAAGCAAGGGCUAUAGAAAAUGCAUUUAUCUCCGAAGUAGUUGAUUCAAUUAAAAAAGGAAAAAAAUCGCCAUUCAACAAUGACAUGCUUGAUUAUUAUUUUUGUCUUAGUUUGAACGCGUUCCCACUUUAUAAAACUGAUUUUGGUUGGGGAAAGCCAGCUAGAGUGAGCCUCGCGACGGGUCCCUUCAAUAGGUGGUUCCAUCUAAUGGAUAAUCAAAUCGAAGGUGGCAUGGAAGCCAUAGUCAUGCUAGGCGAACUAGACAUGUCUGUAUUUGAAACAAAUCCCGAGCUUUUAGAGUUUGCUACUCCGCUUCCAAAUCAUUAGUACUCUUUUUCAACAAAAUAUUGUCCAAAUAAAGGGUCUUUUGGUCAUCCUCGAUCGUUAUUAAUUUUUUUAAUUUAUUUUUUUAAUGUUUAUGCUGAGAAGUUCCUUUCAACUUGUGAUUUAAUUUGUGGUUAAUUUUCUAGUUGCAUGAUGUAGAUGUAGAUGUUAAUGAUUAAGAAUGCAUUAGG